AUGAAUUUUAAUUCAUCUUGGUGUACAUUUCGAGGUUAUCUUAUUCCUAUUUCAUGUUCUGCUUUAUAUCAAACUUUUGUUAUUCAAGCAAUUUUUCGUCUUUGUCGUAUUGUCUAUUCAACUCGUCGAUGGCUUCAAUUCUUUUGGUUUUAUGUUCUUUUCUUACCUAUUGAAUUAAUCUUUGCUUCUGUUCUUUUAUGUCCUAUAUUAAUUUGGAAAGAUAUUGAUUAUUCAUUUGAAGAUAAUUAUUGUUUUGUUCCAUUAAGUAAAGCUCGUGGCAUGAUUUGGCUUGUAUUUACAACUUAUGCAAUUCCUCUUAUGAUUUUAUUUCUAAUAUAUAUUCGUAUAAUAAUAUAUAUUCGUCAUCUACCAACUAAUCAACCAAUAGCAAUGAGACGUCGACAAAAACGAGAUUUAAUUGCUAUUCAGAGAAUUUGUAUUAAUAUUUUUGUAUUACUUAUUCUUGUUAUACCAGGUACAAUUUUAAUAUUAAUGAAACUUUUAGGUGGAAUUGACUAUCCAUUAACGUACCGGAUUUUAUGGUUAGGUGUUGAAAUAUCUGUAGCUAUAUUAACGAUAGAAAUGAUAAUGACAACACCACAAUUAAAAAAUAUUUUUUUAAAACGAUUCAGACAAAAUCGUGUUGCUACAUUAGUUCCAUCGAAUCAAAGACAAGCAGCUGCUACUAAUACCAAUGAGUAA